GCGGGACUGCCGGGGCUGGCGGCGGUGGCGGCCGCCGCCAUUGUCGGCCGGCUCCCCCUUCCUCGCCGCUGGCCGGGCGCUGCCUCUCGCUGCCGGCCCGUCAGGCGGGCGGGCGGCGGGGCAUGGGCGCCGCGGUGCCUCUGGGGUGCAUGGGGGUGGCGGGGGGUGCGCUCCGCCCGGCCGCGCCGCGCUGCCCGGAGCUCCCGCUGCCCGCCCGCUCCGUAUUUAUAGGUGCAGCAGCCGCGCCGCCGAGCGCCCUGUGCAAUAACACGGCAAUCACGUGUGGGAAACGGGGCGCUGGAGGAAAACAAAAGCCCGGCCAGCAGCCCGGAGGAGGAGGGAGAAGGGUGGGUCUCAGCGAGCUCCCUCCUUUCAACCUCUCUCUCUUUUUUUUCCCUUUCACCCCCUUCCCUCCUCCUCCUCCUCCUCCUCCUCCUCUUUUUCCCUUCCUGGAUGCGUGGGGGCGGGCGGGAGCCGGGGAAGGUGGAGUCUGUGCCCGUAGUACAAGGCACAUGGCACUCGGAGCCCCGCACAGACCGCGCCGGACGCAGGGUUGCGGCUCGGUCCGGCCCGUCUGCGGCACCGGGAGCAGCCCUGGCAGCGGCACCGGGAUGCAGAUGUGCCGUGCCGUGCCGUGCCGUGCCGUGCCKUGCYGUGCCGUGCCAAGCGACCCGGCGCUGCCCGCUGGUGUUCCCGGCUGGGGGUUGGUGCCCGGGACAGGCGCUGACGGUGCCCGACGGGCCCGGAGGAGAGUCGGGGACGGGAUUCAGCUCCCCGGGAUGCGCUUGGAUGCCGACGGUGCGUUCCGCGGUGCAAAGCCUGGGCUAUCCCGGCCCCUACUGCCCCUGCUGCAAUCCGAGGCGAGUGCCUCUGUGUGUACAAGUAACAUCUCAUGGGUUCCCCCAACCAUUGAAGCAACCUCUUCCCCAGCCUUUCCCUCAACUCCCUUCCCAACCCUUCCCUCUCCCCUGCACCAGAGAAAGCACAUUUAUUUUGUCCUUUCCCAAAUAGCCCAAUGUCUCUAUUCGUGUCGUCCCCAAAGUGAUGGCUAUUCAGAAGCUGACUACAGGUCUGCGCUCUGCCUCCUUCUGCAGCUGUGGCUUGGGAAGGUGGGAGGCCAGUCCCACGUCAGCACAAAGCUCCUUAAUUUGUUCAUUACUUUAUUGUGAUCAACUCAACUGUGCUACAAGUGUGCUUGUCCCGUGAUGAUAAUUUCAUCAACGGCUUAUGUAAGUGUUGGAUAACAGAUACAUACAAACAGCAGAACAUAUGGUUGUCGCAAGAUAGCAAUGUGCACUUUCUUCGAAAAGCAUUACAAUGGCUUGUAUUGCAUUCCAGUUAUAGUUGGUGGAUGAUUCACAAGCCGUCCCAAACUGUCACAAAAUAUUGUAAUGUCCCCCGCAUUUUUUUCGGAUGUUGCUAUUUUUUUUUUUUAAAAAGAUUGAUCAAAAAGGAGAACCUAAUCCUAUUGUUGGAUGAAGCUGUGGACCCAGGUAUGUGUUCCUCUCAGAAAUGAUCUUUUGAGCAUUCAGAGAUUUUAGAAUUGAGCUCUGUGACUUGGAUUUAUUUCUGAACCUUUGGCCUCUACUAAUAUUUAGUACCACAACCCCCAAAUUUAGUAGCCAAGUCUCUGGCAUGUGCUACUUUUGUGGUAAGGACACUGCACAGGCAAUGUCCUGAGCAGGAAGCAGUGAGGAAGGGAAGGGAAAAUGAUGGGGAAAAGAAAUAUUUUUCAGAUCACACCUUCUUAGAGAGGUAAGUACUAUUUUGAGAAAGACAUUCUCAUUUCAUACUGCUCUCUUGAGGUUUACACUGAUUUUGUCUUUCUUAUCAGAGGACACUUCCGUGCCUGUCUCUGUGGCAUGUCAAGGAUGGAUCAUUUGGAUGGAGAGUGAGUAGGCCAGAGUGUUAAGCUCUCCUCCCCAGAGAAAAGCCUAACUGAUAUGUCCCAUCUGUGGUAAGGAUCCUCUGUACCCCUGUGGUUACAAAGUGGUUCCUUCAAAUUUCUGUUUUGGAGAGGAAGGUUGAGGAAUUUCAGACCUGCAAAACAAUUUUUACAGUCUCUGCUAUCAGGAACGCUUGUGUGAAUGGUUGAGCCUACAAACCUCCUUGCAUCAAAAUUAGAGUCAGGAUAGAAUGUAGGUUUUUCCUGGCCCAGCUCAUCCAGCUGAGCUUACUUUGUCACUUUGCAAAGUGCUUGUCUGUGCUCACCAGCCUAAACACUCCCAUGGAUCCAGAGAAAUGCUCAUGGUCUAAUAUGAGCAGGCCACCUCUGGGGGUGCUGCCUGUGUACAGAAUGUCUUUUCCAAAAACCUCACUGAAGGCUGAUUAAAACAUCCCUUCUACUGCAAGUGAAAAUAAACCCAUUUGAGAAAGCCACAUACGAGAAGAAAAUUACUUUUUCAGCCUGAAGUGAAGCUAUUUUUGAUAACGAGUGGGGUACCACAGUACAAAGAUAAUUGGCACAUUAGAAAUACCAGGUUCUCUAGACCUAUUUAUACAUUUAGUAGGAAAUUUAAAUUAAUGUGCACAACAUAAUAUGAAAUUUAUUUGCAGUUACUUACAUCCUCUUGAUCUGUGCUUAGCAAAUCUUUAGGUGACUGCAUGUGGUAUAGAAGUCCUGUGUGGUGGAGGAUAUGUGAAAAYGUUAAACAAAUUGAUUUGGCUGGUUGAAACUUUUUCGUUUGAUGGAGAAGCAGUGGUUGACUAGAGGAAAUAGCAAAGUUGAAAGGAAAACCAAAAAGGCAUAUUCUGGAAGCKUGCUUUCUGUGACUGUUUUUUCAAUCAUUUCCUUCUCCAAAUUCUCUUCUAACCAACAAGCUCUACUGAAGUGCAAGCAAAUGUUUUCAUUUCAGAAGUCACAGGCUUAUGUAARCAGUUGGAUGACAAGUGGUAAUGGGAGUGAUGGAGCAUGAUGGCUUUUUCACCCAGUGCACCAAGACCUGCACGAGAGACUCAUCGGUUGUAGGUGUUCAGAGGCAGAAWGGAAUUUGGGGGCCCUGUUAACACAGGUCACCUUUGCUAACAGAAAUGUUGAAGUUUGACACUAAGAAGAGUGCUGCCUUCUUGGAAAAGCAGUGUUCCUUGGACACGAUUGGUCCACACUUGCCUGUUUGUGAAGAACCUAAUUUUGCUUACAUUGUUCCUGGGUCGGUGCCAACAUUGCCAAGUUAACAGGAAACCAAAUUGAAAUACGGUAGUGGGCAAGUGGGAGAAAUCACUGAACAUCAUGGUUGGAGUGGUGUGUGUGACUGUAGGGCAGGACACACAGAAGCAGGUACCCUCAGCAAAGAUGAAAUGGUGUCUCUGCAGAUCAGCUGAAGUGCAGUGGUCAGGGCACCCAWCCUGCCAAUUAUUUUGGAUGUCAGAGGUGCAACAUGUGUGGYGUUUGUGUUGAAGAAUUCCUGAGAUUAUCAGUUAGCUGCUAGUGCACACACAGGUGGUAGUGCCAAUUUGAUAGUUGUUUGUCUCUUGAAGAAUUUAGGGCAAUCUAAGUCAAAACUGGUCUCUGUAUCAUUACUCCAACUUAUUACACUUUCAUUAAGAACACUUAGUAUUUUCCAUUGCUAGAUUCAUGCUAGAUUCAAUUCAGGCCAAGCAUUUCUUGGGAAACUGGUCAAAAUGGUUAUGCAAGCUCCAAGGCCAAGACCAAGAAAAACACGUCACUUCACUCACAUUAGAAAUUUUUAUGGCCUCUCCUUUGAAAUACCUGAGCAUCCCCACAGUGAGAUAGGAAUUAAGGAGGUGGGCUUCUGUCUUUGAGAUGGGGCUGGGGAAUGGGGAGGGGGUGUCCUUCCUGUCAAAAUCCACCCAGCUUUGUCCAAUUUUAAGCCUUUUGAAUCAUAGCUCACAUUUGCUAGCUAGGGACUUGUUUCUGCCUGGCAGCUAAAACUGCCAGUGCCUGUGAGGAUGCAUCUUCAUGGAGUGAACUUCAGGCUUCUGCCUUUGCUGAAGGGCCUG